CUCUAUAUCUGUAUCUGUAAUUCUAACUCUCCGACCUCUCUCAGCAAAACCCUAACAAUGGUUGACCCAUCCUCCAACAGCACCACCACCGACUCCGAUUCCCUCCCGAUCCCACCCCUCGACCCCUCCAUCUUCUCCGACUCUUUCCUCGCCGGCGGCGGAGACAUUGACGACCUUGACUUCACCUUCGACGAUCUCUACCUCCCCUCCGACACCCCUCACUUCCUUAAUUCUCUCCCUCCUCCUCACUUUUCCUCCGAUUGGAUCCCCGACUUCCCAAUUCCCUCCGAUCACACCUCCACCCCUUCUAGGGUUUUCAAUUCGGACGAUCUCAUCUCUGAUUUUCUCAACGUUUCUUCACCUGAAUCUUCUCAUGAGUCUGCCAACAAGGCCUCAAUUGUUGCUAGGGUUUUGGAUCCGGAAGUUUCCUCUUCUCAGGGUUCUGGGAAUUCUGGAUCUGUUGUCUCCGAACCUCUCAAUUAUACCUCACCCGAUUCUGCUAACAAUUCGAUUCAUGAUUUUGUUGAUCAGAAGAUUGAAUUGAAGGAAGUGGGUACCAAUUGUUUGUUGAAGAGGAAAAAGGAGAGUGAGGAAGAUGUGAAUUCGGAAUUCAGGACCAGCAAGUACCAGAGGUCGAAUUCUGGAGAAAACCCUAAUCAAUCAUAUGGGUAUACUUCAAAUACUGGAAUUAGCGAAGAUGAUGAGAAGAAGAAGGCUAGGUUGAUGAGGAACCGCGAAAGUGCGCAGCUUUCUAGGCAGAGGAAGAAGCAUUAUGUGGAGGAACUUGAAGAUAAGUUGAGAACAAUGCAUUCAACGGUUCAAGAUUUGAACUCCAAGAUUUCUUAUAUCAUGGCUGAAAAUGCGAGUUUACGGCAACAAUUGAGUGGCGGUGCGAUGUGCCCGCCCCCUGUGCCGCCUCCGGGCAUGUAUCCUCAUCCGCCAAUGGCGCCCAUGGGUUAUCCGUGGAUGCCGUGUCCUCCUUAUGUUGUGAAACCACAAGGUUCUCAAGUUCCAUUGGUCCCGAUACCGAGAUUGAAAUCACAGAAUCCUUCACCAGCACCAAAGGCUAAGAAGGUUGAGAGUAAAAAGACUAAAACUAAGAAGGUUGCUAGUGUUAGUUUUCUGGGUUUGUUGUUUUUCAUUCUGUUCUUUGGUGGGUUGGUGCCAAUGGUAAAUGUGAAUUUUGGAGGAAUUCGCCGGGAUACUGUUCUUGGUGGAUCAAAUUAUUUUGGUAAUGGGUUUUACGAUCAACAUCAUGGGAGGGUAGUGACAGUUAAUGGUCAUUUGAAUGGUUCUGACCAAAAGAUAGGAAUGGGAUUGUCUAAUGGUUUUACUAAUACAACAAUACAUUGUGGGAGAGAUCGAGCAGAGUCGAAUGUUGAGCAGAUAGAAGGAUCACAGGCCUUCCCUGGGUCUGAUGAGUUUGUGAGGCCAGACAAUUCUAGUAUGCCUCUUGUUGCCUCAUUGUAUGUUCCAAGGAAUGAUAAGCUUGUGAAGAUUGAUGGCAACUUGAUAAUUCAUUCUAUUCUGGCUAGUGAAAAAUCUAUGGCAUCUGGUAAUGGUGGAACGAACAGUAGUGAAGAGACGGGUUUGGCAGUUGCAAGAAAUAUGCCUCCUGCUAUCCCUCUGACAGAGCGGAAUAAUGGGAAACAUCCUCACCUAUACAGAAGUACAUCUGAACCGAAAAGGGCUCUUGGUUCUGGUUCUGCAGAUAAGGACAAUUUGAAGUCAACACCGGCUGAUGGUAAAUUGCAGCAGUGGUUCCAGGAAGGCCUUGCAGGGCCAAUGUUGAGUUCUGGCAUGUGCACUGAAGUGUUCCAGUUUGAUGUCUCACCAGUUCCAGGAGCCAUAGUUCCAGCUACCUCAGUUGUGAAUGUUUCUGCAGAACACCGUAAGAACGCUACACACAUCAUCAAGGGGCUGAAUAGAAGGAUUCUCCACGGCGUGCCUAUUCCCCUUCCUGGAUCUCAGAACAACAUUUCUAAAGAACAUGUGGGAAGAAAUCCAGAGAAAGAUGAUUUCCAUGGAAACAAGUCUCUUUCGUCAAUGGUGGUUUCUGUGCUGGUUGACCCUAGGGAUGCUGGUGACAUUGACAGUGAUGGUGUUAUGGGACCACCAAAGUCCCUCUCUCGGAUUUUUGUUGUUGUGCUAAUAGACAGUGUCAAGUAUGUUACUUAUUCAUGCAUGCUUCCGCUAAUGGGAUCGUAUCACUAAGUGGCCCAAUUCAGGAUGAGAAAAGCGUUGCGGAGCAAUGGAGAACUAAAUAAAUUCCCAUCUCCGAAUCCAAUUUUGUAAAUAGCUAAAAUUUCAGUAGUUCACAGCUAAGUUUCAGUUAGUUUUCAUGUAGCUUUAACAACAGCAGCAUCUUUAUGUACCCUGAAUUUAUGCAACUGACAUUUUAAGUUGAUGAUGGAUUAAUGUUAUUAGAAUAUAGAAUGAUAGGCCUAUUGUCCUUCUAUA